AUGUCAUGCUUCCUCGAGUCCUGGCAGGCAAAUGGCAUGCGAAAGGAGUUCAAGUUCCCAGAGGACUUCCGCGCUAGCUGCCAGGCAGCACCCAACCAGACUGGAUGCAAGCCCUGGGAGGAGGUAAUCCAUUGGGGCGGAGGGAGGCAAGGCACGCAGCGCUUCGAGAACUUAUGGGAUGAGCCUUACGUUUUCGCGGUGGUGGUGGCUGAUGGCAAGGGCUCUGAGGGGUACCAAUGCCUUCUUGGCAGUCAGCGCAUCCUUCAUUUCACAGCACUUUUGGCUCAAACUUUGCAUCAUUCACUGCUCUUCCAGGCAAUCAGGAUGAAGUUCUUCAAGGCCGUCGCAACUUUCGGGUUCGGUUUCGCCGCAGCUCAGGGCAACCGCCGCUCCGAGCUGUUGCCACGUGCUGAGGUUGAGAAGCUUGGCAUCGUGUGGCGUGGCAAUGCCACGAACCAACAAAGUACUCAUGACCUCCUUGAGGCAACGGAGUACCCCUCAGACUUCAGCUGGUGCAACAAGGAUGGAAAGAGCUACUGCACCAUGUCGCGCAACCAGCACAUUCCUCAGUACUGUGGGUCCUGCUGGGCUCAUGGGGCAAUCUCAGCUCUUGGCGACCGGAUUAAGAUUGCGCGCAAUGCUCAGGGCGUUGACAUCAACCUUGCCGUCCAGCACCUCCUCAAUUGCGGUGGUGUGGGCACUUGCAAGGGGGGCAGCGUUGACGGCCCUUACCAGUGGCUGAUGGAGAUCUCCAAGAAGGGCACGGGAAUCAGCUAUGAGACGGCAAACCCCUACGUGGCCUGCAGCUCGGACUCGGACGAGGGCUUCUGCAAGCACGUUGACACGUCCUGCAAGGCCCUCAACGAGGGUGGGCCGUGCACUGGUCUUGGCGAGUUCCCCAACGCCACCAUCUCAGACUAUGGCUCCAUCAGCGGUGCGGAUGCCAUGAUGAAGGAGAUCUUCCAUCGUGGUCCCAUUUCCUGCGGCGUUGACGCCAACCCAUUGCUCAACUACGAGUCCGGCAUCAUCAAGACGAAGGGCGAGGGCGUUGACCACGUCGUGUCUGUGGUUGGAUGGGGCACUGACCCUAAGGAUGGCAUGUUUUGGAUCGUGAGGAACUCGUGGGGAGAGUACUGGGGGGAGAUGGGUUACUUCAGGGUGGCCAAGGGCGCGCUCCUCUUGGAGGACCAGUGCUCCUGGGCUGUGCCUGGCAGCUUCACCGCCGCGGAGAAGAAGAACCAGGUGCACUGCCACGAGGGUGGUGACAACUGCAAAGCAGAGGGCGUCGCGCAGAUGGUUGUCUAA